CUCAGGCGGCGGCGCGCGCGCAGUGCGGGGCGGGCGCUGAGGGCGCUCAAGGAGAGCCGCCAUGCCCGGGGUGCUGGAGGUGCCCUCGCCUGAGGAGCUCGAGGUGCAGGAGGUGGCGGUGAGCUCGUCCGUGCUGAAGGCCGCGGCGCACCACUAUGGCUCGCAGUGCGACGGGCCCAACAAGGAGUUCAUGCUGUGCCGCUGGGAGGAGAAGGACCCGCGCAAGUGCCUGAAGGAGGGGCGACGGGUGAACCAGUGCGCCAUCGAGUUCUUCAGGAGGAUCCGGACGCACUGUGCCGAGCCCUUCACCGAGUACUGGACGUGCAUCGACUACACCAACCAGCAGGAGCUGCGCCGCUGCCGCAAGCAGCAGGCAGCCUUCGACUCCUGCGUGCUGGACAAACUGGGCUGGGUGAGACCCGACCUGGGAGACCUCUCCAAGGUUACGAAGGUGAAGACAGACCGUCCUCUGCCUGAGAAUGUGUAUCACUCUAGACCCAGACCAGARCCAAACCCACCCAUUGAAGGGGAGCUGAAGCCCUCUCCCUUUGGCAGCAGGCUCUUUUUCUGGUCCUGGUGAACUCAAGUGCAGAGAUCUAGCACUUGCACAUGUAAAUUGUGUGGUGUGUGUUGGGUAUUAACAAUUAAAGAGCCCCAAACCAUUACA